GUUAGGGUUUAGUUUAGGGUUACUUGCAUGUAAUUAUGCAUAAUGUAUUGUUAUAAUAAUAAGUACAUGUGACGUGUAACAAGGACACCUUAAAAUAAAGUGUUACCUAAUCCAGAUUACAUGUAACGAGUUACUGCCCAGCUCUGCUCGUGUGCGGCGUGUUUAUUAUCACGUGAGAUCAGCGGAGAGUCGCGUGGCGUCGCGUCGCGUCGCGUGGUGUCGCGUCUGGAGUUUGGUCUCCAUGGCAACGCGAUCAGACGCGCGCGCGGGGAAAGUUUCGCUCGGGAUUCUUCAGCGGAGCUUUGAUCUUUAAUCUCUGAUGUUUGAUCCGAGCUCUUGAGAAUGUUUCCCGAUUUACCCGAAAUAACGAGCGAGAACUUUGAGCGGAGUCUCUCUGAUCAGAUCUUCGCGGAGUUCUUCAAUGAUUUCCUGCAGCUUCCGGUGUUUGUCGUGCCGCUGAGGUAUGAUGGGAUCUCUGCCGGCUUUGAGCUGCUGGAUCACAGCGCUGUACAUCUCUCCCGUCGGAUCAGAACCGCUCUACACAAGAUCCGGUCCAGAUCUCUGUCUGACCCGAGCUGGAUCCCAGCAGAACCCGUGACGGACAACAGCUACAGCGUCACUCGUCUGCACCGAGAUCAGAGCGUCCAGUGGCUAAAGAGAGAACGCCUGCCGUUUUUCCUGCAGAGUGACUGUUAUUUUGAGUUCAGGUUGGCUAAAUGUCUGUCUCAUCUCAGCGGCGGCGCUUCUUCCUCUCAGACGUGUGAUGAGUGCCGUCUUCUGUCUGCGCAGCCGCUGUGCAGUUUUUCAGAGAAGGUGAACAGCAGCUUCAGCUCUCCAAACACUGACCGAUCAGAGCCGGCCGACUGCAGCACUGCACACGGUGGAGCAGGAGGUUUGACGGCGGGAUGCAGAGCCAGACGGCGCUUUCUGGACUUCAAGAGGUCUCUGGUCGGCGGGCCGGGAGAGAAUAUUCUACAUCUGUGGAUGGAUAUCGAACGACUGAAGACACUCAGCGCAAAGACUAAGAGCAGGUAUUUAGGGUGGAUGAAGGGUCAGUAUGUGGUCAGCAGCAGCGCAGCGGCUCUGAGUGAACAGCUGCUCUCUAGACUGGGAUUAAACAGCACCACCUGCUGGAGAGAGGAGCGACUGCGAGACGUUCAGCCCUGUCUGACAGAGAUCCUGCUGCUGUACUGGGGUCAGCGUUUCUGCUUGUUUCCGUCGGAUCAGUGGCAGAUAUGUGAGCAUGAGUUGAGUUCUUCUGUUUACACUGAGCUCUGCAUCUUCUACCAGCCUGUGUGUGUGUCUGCCUCCGUCUGCGCAGACACUGAACCGCAGCCCGUCUGCACCUGCAGUGAUAUGAAAGUUGAGCUGGACGGCAGUGAGAUUCAGACUCUACUGGAGGUUCUUCACACUGAAUCCAGAUCUGGUUUCUUUUUCACUCAUUUUUGUCAGAAUUCAGGGCAGCAGUUGUGGGAAAAUGCUGUGUAUUUCUGCUUAGAACUGCUUCAGUACCACCAGCUCUUCUGCCAGAGCAGAUUUGAUCCGUACAGAGUGCAACGCACGGCUCAGCUCCUGUAUGCCUCGUACCUGAGCAGCGGCGCUCAGAUGAGUGUGGACGUGAACGAGGAGGACAGGAGAACCGUUCUGCUGCGUCUGAGUCCCCCGUUUGAGGAUCUGUUUGACCGGGCAGAAGAACAUGCUCUGAGUGUCCUGCUGGAGGCCUGGACGCUGUUAUCAGAGAAACUCAGAGACGCACCGCACACUGUGGCGCAGUGGCAGGAGGUGCGUUACGCCGAGGCCGAGCUCUUCCAGACGCUGCAGACUCUCUACACACACACGCAGAGCAGACCACAGCAGCAGGAGCGCAGGACUGCAGCCGCACCAGCAGAGGGCAGCAGAGCGCCGGAUCUCUGGUCAAAGGUUCCGCGAGAGUUCCGCGGGUUCCGUCUGGAUUCUCUGCUGCGGAACCGCAAGGAACUGCAGCACUUCCUGUCCUUCCUGGAGCAGAACUCGGCCAGUCUGGAGCUGCAGUGCUGGCUGGAUGUGGAGCAGCUGAAGAAGAGUGAUGGAGCGCAGCUGGAGGAGAGAAACACCAGCAUCAGAGACAAAUAUCUCAGCAGCAGCUUCCUGUUUGGACCUGGAAGUCCAGCCUCUGAAGAGCAGCAGAUGAGGUUGCUGCAGAUGUGCGGUGGGUGGCAGCGUCUCCAGCGUGAGUCCGUCUCUCUGUCCGUUCUCACUGAGCUUCAGUCUCUGCUUCACAAUCGUCUGGAGACUCGAUGGCUGCCGCUGUUUCUCUCGAGCUCACACUUCAUCACACGUCAGCAGCAGAAGGUGACGGACGUGGAGUGUGAGCGGCAGCCGGUCGUCCGUCAGCGCAGGAGGAGAUCCGUGUGGAAGGUGUCUGGCGGUCUGAUGAGUUGGUCUCAGGAGUCGGUGGCUCUGCGCAGGGCUCUGUCGAAUCCCGUCACCCGUCUGCAGUUCCAGAAGUUUCUGUCUGUCCGUGAUGAUCUGCUGGAGAACGAUCUGCUCUUCUGGCUGGAGGUUCAGAGGUACAAGGAUCUGUGUCACUCCCGCUGUGAUGACGUGACGCUCCAGAGGAAGGUGUCCAUCAUCAUCAGCUGCUUCAUCAGCUGCUCUGUUCCUCCGGCGCUGCAGAUCCACGUUCCUCCAGACGCGGCGCAGCGGGUCCUGAGUCAGCAGCGAGCGCUCGGCCCGUACGUCUUCAGAGAGACGCAGGCGUGUGUGUUCGACGAGCUGCUCAAGCACUGGCCGGAUUUCGUGGCGCUGCGCUCCGCCGUCGGGGAGAACGAGCUUCAGCGAGUGCUGGAGAGAGAGACACGCAGCAGCAGAGCCACCGAAGACGACGACCGCAGCGCUCAGCAGGAGGAGGACGAGGCUCAUGCCGCCGCUGAUGAAGAGCAGCUGAACUGUGGGACGGACGGCGCAGGAGCGGCCACAUUUAAGAUCUCCUGGUCGUACGCCGAACACAUGGCGGCACUGGAACACGAGAAAACACCAGAGAACAGCGCAGACGUGACGUCAUCUUCAUCCUCCACGACAGGUCAACGAGCACACGCACACACGCACAAACACGGGACAGACGCGCGUCUGAUCAGAGGAAGAAUCAGAAAGAACUGAAGAGCUCGAGGGCAGAGCCGGAGCCGGAGCCGGACGUCAUGACGCACUGAACAGCUUUAGCAAAUCUUAUAUUUUAUUAACAAAACAAAAAACAGAUUCAUUAUAUAGUGACACUCAUUUUUCAUUAGACAUGAAUACAGGAGCAAAUUAAAUAAAAACAUUAAAUCAUCUUUCUUGCAUUGCUUAUAAAAAUACAAAACGAAAGGCCUUUUGGUUUAAAGCAUCACAUUAUACAGAAGCAGCCGAUCAAUGUAGUGACGUCCCUCCACGGUAAUGAAGUGUUUGACUCUCGUUAAAUAACAAACAUGAAGACGGAG